CCACCUGCUUCUUCCAUUUGCUAGGCUCCAGAUUAAUUGACUAAAGUCGUCAGUCAGAUUGCUCGCUACCGCUCAUCAGUUCUCGCAGAGAAAGAGGCCAGGAGAGAGAGAGAGAGAGGUUCCAUCGAUGAAGAACUUAGAGGAGCGGCGCAGCUAUAAUAAGCUGGACGACGCUGAUGAUGAAGGGCGAUCAGUGCAGCUUCCAGGGUUUCGGUUCCAUCCAACAGACCAAGAACUGUUGGGAUUCUAUCUCCGGCGAAAAGUUGAGAAGAAACCCAUCACCAUGGAUCUCAUCACGCAGAUUGACAUCUACAAAUUCGAUCCUUGGGAUCUUCCAAAAUUAGCAAGUAGUAUGGGAGACAGUAACGAGUGGUAUUUCUUCUGCAAAAGAGGGAAAAAGUAUAAGAACAGCGUGAGACCCAACAGAGUGACAGGCUCUGGAUUCUGGAAAGCAACCGGAAUCGACAAGCCAGUGUAUUCGGAUCGCGGCAGCUGCUGCAUUGGCCUCAAGAAGUCAUUAGUAUACUACCGCGGCAGUGCAGGAAAAGGCACCAAAACUGAUUGGAUGAUGCACGAGUUUCGCCUCCUUCCGCUGCAACUACAACUACAACAACACCAAGAUCAUCAUCAUCACCACCUCCACGCCAUCUCCAAACCUACUAAUAAUAAUAACCACAAUAAUAUACCACCAUCCUUUGCUGCUUAUCAUCGUCAAGAAGCUUCGACCGCUGCAUGCAUGCAGGAGGUUUGGACGCUAUGUCGAAUAUUUAAGCGAAAUGCUCCGGCGAGCAGAUCAAAGAAUAAUAUGGUAUUGGCAGCUGCGGAUAAGAGAACCCACAUUUGCGUUAGUCCAAAAGAAGCAUUGUGUGCAGCGUGGAGCAUGGAGGCUCCGCCCGAUGAUGGAAACCGCAGCAGCCACAAAAUUAUUAGUUUUGAGAGACAAACUCCUCCAUUGACGUCCACCUUGAAUAUCAUCAAUGGCACUGAUCAGAAGCCGAGCGUUCACCAGGCGGCGCAGCCAGAUGAAAUAAUUAGCAACCAGUUGCUCGUGAGCCGCCAGCCAACCACCGCCGUUGCCGCUGCUGCUCCAUUGCUUCCUCCAUUGAGCAAUACGUAUACCUCAGCCUCAGCCACGGCCUCGCGCUUUUCCUAUCAUAAUAAUCAUCAUCAUCAUCAAAAUAUUAGUAAUGCUCUGGAGUGCCUGUUUACACAUGAUCAGGAUUGGGAUGAUCUCAGAUCCAUUGUGGACUCUGCUACCUGCUAGCUCAUCCAUGCAUGCAUCACUCAUCAAUCCCUGCUCCCUCCUCCUGCCUAGAGCUGGAAUUAAUUUAUUUCAUAGGUACGCCGAGCAAUAGAUACUCGGUUCUUUUUAACGAGCAAGAGAGUUAUAUAUGACUUGAUUCCAUUUCAACAUCACACAAAGGUUCCUUAUUUCUUUGGA